AUGACUUCUUCUACACCAAAACCCAAGCCAACUGUGCCUGUCGCACUCUCCGCCGAGGCCAUCGAUGACCUCAUCUACGAUGCCCGAGCUGGCGAUCUCGAGGCUUUGACGGCAGACAUCGCCAACCUGGCUUCUCAAAACACCUGUGCCGAGUCUCAGAUCGUCGCAUCUGCCAUCGACAUGGAGGAUGAGAGUGAGGGAGGCACUGGGUCUUGCGUCCUGCACUUUCCUGCCGCUAACGGCAAUAUCGAAAUCCUCAACUUCCUGCUCCAAAAGCUCUCCACCGGAGACGCUGCCCAGCGCACAGCAUUCGUCAACCACACUAACCACUCCGGAAACACACCAUUGCACUGGGCCGCCCUAAACACGCACAUUGAAUGUGUGAAGGCGCUCGUCGAGGCUGGCGCAGAUGUCACCGUCAAGAAUGACGCUGGACACGACGCUGUCUUCCUGGCUGAGCGGGCCGCCUGGUCUGCCUCCGCCGAGGAGGUUAAGGAGGAUGAGAACGGGGACCAGGAGAUUGAGAUGACUGUUGGCGAGGGUGAGGAUGAGGGUGAGAACCAACAGCCGGCUGGUGAAAUGUCUGCGGGCAGACAGGUUGUCGAGUGGCUGCUUAGCUCUGAGAAGUCGGCUGGUCUGGAGAGCUCCAGUGGUGCUAAGGAGGGUGAGGGUUCGGCUUGA